AUGCCAGCUGCAGCUGCGUGCCUCCCGACAUGGAAAGCAAGGGUGGUGCAUACGUUUGUCGAGUUUGUGGAGGAAAAGGAGGGAAAGCCGGGCCGUCGCAGUGUCUCCGUGCCGCCGAGAGUGUGCCGGCACCAUGCCGAGACUGAGCUGGCGGAGGAGAAGCUGCCUGAGGUGCAGUUGCCGAAAGCGCCAUUCGGCGCAGACUCGGAGGUGUACUACCCUUUUCAAGAGUACACCGUAGACGAAUGGCUUGACUGGAUUUGCAGCUGCAAACGAACCACAAUUGAAUGUGAGGAGCCAGACAUUUCUGGGUCCACGGCUUUGAUGGUGGCAGCGAGGAACCGGAAGGUUCGCAUUGUGAAAGCCAUUAUCAAUUGGACCGUCACGCCGGAGCGGGAAGAGAUGCUGGAAGAGGCGGAGAAAGCGGAUGCCAAGUUCAACAUCCUCAAGAAUCUGGAGCUCUUACGCGUUGUGGGUGCGAAUGAUCGGAUGUCCGUGAUCCAGCUUGUCCAAGUUGGCGAUGGCAUGGGAACCGGCCUAGCCGACAUCCACUUUCGAGACGCCCAGGGACGGCAGUGCGCACACGUGGCCAUCAUGUGCAUCGGCGAAGAGGAAGAAGCCUGUGCAAUGCUCCGGCUGAUCGCCAGCCUGAAGGGAGAGGUCAACGGUCAAGACUUUGCCGGUCUGACCCCGCUGCACCUUGCAGCACGCUUGGGCCGACAUGAGGCGGCGAAAGCUUUGCUGGCUUUGAAGGCACACCCUGGGCUGAUCGACAAGCAAGGCCGCACACCCCUGAUGGUCGCUGCCUCCGCCGGUCUGAACGACACUCGCGAUCCACCGCCGAUCGCAGCCAUGGUGUGUGAUGCAAACGACGUGCUGCAUCGGGGGAGUCGGCUAGCCGAACAGGGCCUCUUCGUUGAGGCUCUUGCUGCUUUCAGGGACCUCGACCCUCCGGCGGUCUCAACGCCGGAGCUCUUGGAGGCGAUAGCGCAGUGCGAGCUCAUGUUGGACACGGCCUCCUCGGCGCACCGAGCUGUCGAGGCGGCUCGCAAUGCCGUCGCCCUGGCCCCAGGAGCGACGCUGACACUGCCAGAGGCGAAGCAGACGCUAGCGCGAGCGUUGAUGAGUGCCUUCCGCGUUCCAGAGGCCAUCGAGACGUACCAGCAGGUCCUGACCCUGCGUCCUGGCGAUGCGGAGGCCAGUGAAGAACUUUCCGAGGCCACGGCCGCACUGAAAGCCCACGAGCGGCGCUUGGCGACGCUGCCUGGCACUGAGGAGGAUUGGGCGGCGAGGCGCCGGCGGCUGCUUGAGCAGGUGCGAGCACAGCGCCGGCCCAACUGGAAGGAAGCGGACUGGAAGGUCCACUCCUUCGCUCGCUUGGACUUGGGGGCUAUCUAUGGCCGCUGCAUGGACAACAUUGCAAGGGUUGAUGUGCAAGAUGAGAAGUACAAAGACUUCGGGCGGGAGUACCAGAGCAGAUCAGUUCCCGCACUGAUCAAUGGCGCAAUGCACAGAUGGCCCGCAAUGGGCCGCUGGAGCAUGGAGAACUUUUCAGCGGAUUUCGGCCAUCAGAAGAUCAUUUGCGAUCACCGAUUCGGCAUCCGCAUGCGUUUCAAUGACUUCAGGGAUUACAUGGCAGAGCAGGAAGACGACACACCACUCUACCUUUUCGACCACGCCUUCGGUGAGUACCCUUCGACGAAAAGCCUGCUGAGCGAGUACGAGGUGCCCGAGGCUUUCCAGAGCGAUCUCUUGGCAGAGCUCGGAACGCUGCGGCCGCCGUUCCGAUGGCUCCUGCUUGGACCCCGCCGUUCUGGCAGCACUCUCCACAAAGAUCCUUUGGGCACAUCGGCCUGGAAUGCCCUCGUGUUCGGUAAGAAGCUUUGGGUCCUUUUCCCGCCCUCCACUCCGCCGGAGCUCCUACGCCCCGAGGCAGAUACGGACUUCAGCGAGGAGUCCGCCUCAUGCUGGUUUUUGCAUUGGUGGAAGAGUGCUCGUGCACGGGCAUGGCCCGAGCGAUUCACACCCAUCGAGUUCCUGCAGCAGCCGGGAGAGGUCGUGUUUGUGCCAGCACGAUGGUGGCAUGCUGUCCUGAACCUGGAGGAUUCACUGGCGGUCACUCAGAACUUCUGCAACGAGUGGAAUGUGGGGAACGUUUGGAGAUGCACAUCGGCCACCCACCCGGUCCUGGCGCGGCACUUGCGCCAGAGCUUGAAGUGCCAUCGUCCAGAUCUGUGCGAAUCGCUGAUGGCCAAGCAACCACAGAUGGACGGCGAUGAUCCCAAGGUGUCCUACGUCUUCGACAGGAGCAGCAGGCAAGUGGCGCUUGACAAGCAGGAGGAGCCCAUGUCCUCCGACGACGAGUAUCUUACUUGGAUGGCGAACGGCCCCAAGCGGCGGCGCUACAGCGGAGAAGAAGACCCCAAGCGACCAAAGAAGUCGCACGCAGAGAAGGCAGCCGAGGAAGAGGCUGACCGGAAUCAGCUUCCUUUUGGCUCCUCUGAGCUGGAGAAAGUGAAAGCUCGAGCAGACGUUCUGUGCUCCUUGGGCUUCGACGACCAGUACAUCUAUAGCGUGGAUGGCAAGGUGAACCAGGGAGACCGCCUGCAGCUCUUCCGACAGAUUUUGCUUCCGGCCGGGGACCGCAUGCACGGCAUUGAGGCCUUGAUGAUGAAGGACGAGGACAGAGGCAAACUUCGCCCGGUGGACCGGCGAUGUCGUAACCUUUGGGACAAGCUCAUUGCCCCUCUGCUGACGUUGUCGAUUCUUGGGCGCCUCGAAAAUCGACAGCCAGACCUGCUCAAAUACCUUCUGCAUUGCCUACUCGGGCAGCGGGGGAUGGUCUACGGCGUGCUGGCCAGUGCGACGCCAUCGAAGAGAACGGGGACGUUGCCGACCUGGGAGACCAUCGCCAAGGUCAUCACGGAGAGCGACACUUUGGAGUCUCGGGUGGAGGCGCUGCGAAGCCUGGGGUUUCGCGGGCCAAAGCCGCGCAAGUCUUGCUGGUCAGGUUCGGUGUGGGUGCGGGAUGAAUAUCCGCGAAAUCCGGACUCAGCACCAUGGGAGGGCUUCCAAUACGUGGACCGGGAGGACGCAGACGUACUGGGGCAAGGCCCGCCGGGAAUGAAGCACGAGGCCUUCAGAAUGAAUCGAAUGUGGUGCUUGGAGCGGUCUGAGCAAUUCGAUGAAAAGGAGCAGGAUUGGGAAUCGGGCUUCAACAAGAGGGCAGAUGCCUUCAUUUGGGAGGAGUCUCCCGGAUUCAAGUGGUCUGGUGGAGCUGAGAAGCCCAUCACGCCCAGUAUUUACGACAAGAUUCAGUUGUCCAACCGGCUUUUCAUCAACGAGGCUCUGGCCGAGAGAGUUUUGAUGGCCGAUCGAGUGAAGCUCGUCGGUGAGAAGCUGCUUUGCCCUCUGUUGAUCUUCUCAGCGGAGAGUUUGAAGAAGCCCAGCAUCGGGGCCUGGAUUAUCGGCUCGGACUUGGAGGAGCUCGAGCAGGCCGAAAAGCUGGCACUGAAAAGGGAUCUGCUGCGCUACGUGGCUGCGCAGAUAUCAUCAUCGGCGGAAGCACUUUCUCAGACGGCGACUGGCAAGAAGAUCCGAGUCGGUCUCGCAGAGGCCGCCAGCAGCAAGGAGGGACCGGCCUGGCAGGUGCCUUUCCAGAAGGUCUUCGACGAGACGAAAGAGAAGCUCGCCCUCGCUCUCAUGCAGAAGGCCCCAGAAGAGCUGGAGACAUUGACGGAGGAGGCGGAGGAGCUCCGAUGGGAGCCAGGUCCAGAGGUGCGACGUGGUCGUCUUGGGCUCGAGGCCAACGAAGCACCCGAGGACCAG